AGGAGCAAAGAAGCAAAGAGAAGCAACCAGCCCCUUAGAGUCUCACAUGCAUUACAGGAGCUUUUGCAUAAAACACUUAGCAGCCUCAGCAACAAGAAUAUAAUUGCAAAGAUUUCUACUUUUGGUAUGGUAAAACAUGGCACUGAACAGCAAAGGUGAUGAGAUCUGGCAGGGUGGAAGCUUUGCGGGCUAAUACAGCGGGCUGCCAAAUACAGCCAGAAAUGAAAUGCUGAUUUCCUCUCAGAUCCAGAUGUGAUGAGACAACAUGGAGUUCAAAAGAGGAAAAACCUUUAUAAAAUCCAGCAUGCAGCUGACCCAUGAGAAAUUACCUUUAGUGAGCUUGAGUCCUGGGGAAAAGGGCAAUGUAGGAACAGACAUAAGAGAAAGGAGCCACCCUAUAGUUGAAAUCCAAAAAGCAAGUUUUUCUGCAGAUAGAAGCGACAGCAUUUCCAACAGCUCAAUCAAGACUGGAUCUAGUGAGAGCAUCCUGUUGCUCCCAGAAUCCUUCUACAAACCUGUACGGAAAAGUAAAACCCACGACUGUGUUCUGGGAGGUGUGGACAAAACUGAACACUGCAGCUACAAUAACAAGACCUCGGAGGAAGGCGUUGCAGCUCCUGGGAGAAGCAAAGGGCGGAUGAUCAACAGUGCCAGCUUUUCUGGAAUUGGGAACACACAGAAUUCUAGCAGCAAGAAAGAAUCGGUGGGCAACUCGAGCCACUUCUUGAACAGCCCACAGCAGAUGAUUGAUUACCGAAACUUUGUGCCACAGGUGCCCUUUGUGCCAGCGGUUGCAAAAAGUAUCCCAAGGAAGAGGAUUUCCCUGAAGCGAUCCAAAAAAGGCCUCCGGGAUAUAUUUCACAUGAAAAAAAACAAGCCAGAGAGUCUUUCCUUGCUGUCAGAGAAACAAAAAAGGCUGCCAUUUCCAGGCUGCAAGUCAGAGUUGGCAGGCAGGUUCGGCAAGUAUUUCUUCAAAGCUGGAGAAACGUUUUCUGCUGACUGUUUGGCACAAGAAUUUUCUGAUGGCGAGCUGCUGUCAGAGUCCUCCUAUGAGUACUCCAGUGCUCUGUGUGAAGAUGUUGCUUCCCUGAAGAGCUUUGAUUCUCUCACUGGGUGCGGAGAGAUCUUCGCAGACGAGAGCUCAGCUAAUAUGGAACUGGAGGUUAGCAAAGAAAUCUCGCUCAGGCAAUCGCAACAGAAAGAUAGUCCUGCUAUGGGAACCUUUCAAGGUGGAGUGGAGCAGCUUGCAUCCCCAGCCCAGAACGAAGCAGGAGACUUUGCAAAACUUUGGGACAACAUUAACAAAUCAGUGCAGCUGCAUCAGAAGACCCUGUUUGAUAGGAGGCUUCUGAAAAUACCCAGUAGUGAACUGGGAAAGUCUAGAAAUGAGACCAGUGCCUCAGUGACUGAUCUGCUUUCUUCCCCUGACUCUUCCAAAGAGAGUUCCAUAGAUACAGGGACCCCAAAGAGUGACAACCAGGAAUCUAUGUCAACCAGUGAUGAAGGAUAUUAUGAUUCAUUUUCUCCUGGGCAAGAUGAUGAAAUAAGGGAGGACCAGUCCCCUGGGGUACCAGGUAGGUUUCCAAGAGACAGUUAUAGUGGCGAUGCCCUUUAUGAACUAUUUUAUGAUCCCAAUGAGGCUCAGAUCAGCCCAGUUCUAGAUGAUGACCUAUGUAUGUCUGAAAGCACUUCAGAAAAGGCUAUUGAAAUCCCUUUAUCAAUUUACAGCUUUCAUGUAGGGUCGGAAGAAAAUAUGGCUUCUCAACCAGCCAUUGACAUAAUCAGUCAAGGAUUCCUUCACAGCACGUGGAAAGGGAAGGAAUGCUUGCUUAAGCUCUGUGAUACGGAGCUCUCCCUGACCAUGGGAAUCAUCAACUGGCUGAGGAAAAACCCAGGCUUGAUUUCUCCCCAAGACUUUCCCAAGAACCCUCCCCCACAGAUGGAGAGAGAUGGUGAGCCAGUGCCCACCAGUCUCAGCACAUGCCCAGACAUGUGUAAAUCAGCUUUUGAGGAAAAUAAAAACAACGCAGAGACAUCUCCAGCUGAUUGCAAAAAUGGAACUGAGGUAUAUUCAGCGGACAGAACUGAACAAAGCCAAAGUGAUGUUCCUUCGUGCAGCUCAACUCAAGAAAGUUCUCAAGACAGGGAAGGAAAUUGGAGUGCAAUAUCUGGGCUCACAACAGACAACAGCAUAUCGUGCGAUACACAGAGAUCAGAGAGUUGGGAUGAUCUCCUAAUGAGCACUUCUUUAAUGGAGAAGAUAUCUCUCAUAGAAGAAUGCACAGAUCCUAGCAAUGAAACUCUUUCACUAGAAGUUUUGAAUCUGGAGACAAUUUGCCCAACUGAUGAUAACCCACUGGUAAUGGAUAACCAUGAUGCAGAAUCAUGUUCUUCUUAUAUGACUGCUGCAACCUCUCCAGAUUCUCUAGAGACUGGAGAGGAAAAUGAGAUGAAGGAUCAAACCUGGUCUGCUGAAUGUGACAAGCCAACUGAGCCACUGAAUCUCAGUCAUCCCCAAAGCCAGAUCAGCCAGACAUCCAAGGAGAGUGACACGAAUGUAAAGAGGCUUUUGGAACACUGUGUCACUCAGGUUGCUUCCCUAAAGAUCAAUCAUGACUCUGCAAGUAAUCACUUGGAAGAUGAUUGCGUUGGAAAUGAAGUGAGCAGUGAUACAGACGCUAUAGUUCAAUUCACAAACCAAAUACAAAAUGAAUGUAGCUGUAUAACUCCAAGCCCAAAAGGUUCUUCCAGCCACCCUUCAAGCCACUGUAACAUUGAGUCAAAUAUUGGUGCUAGUGUUACGUCUCUUGCGGAUCAAAAGGAAGGUCUCAUUUGUUUUGAAGACCAGAAAAACACAAGUAUCCUAAACUGCAUGGGUCCAGUUGCAAAAAACAAACUACCCUUUGAAUAUGCCCAGCUGAAUAAUCAAGCCCUGUCCUAUAUCAAAGAUUUUAGAUUUGAACUCAGUGCUCAAAAUUCUGCCACCAUGGCACACAUUUGCAGGCCGACAUUUUUGCCACUCUUUGGUUCCAUCUGCUCAGACACAACUAGUGGCUUUUCACAGCCUUUCUGCAGGAGGAGCGGUUUGCUGGAGAAACAUUCACAAGACCAAGAAGUUCCACCAAGCAGCACACCGUUAUGUGGUUAUUCAACGUUCCAGUGCAAAGUACUGCCAAAGGUGUCCACUCUUCCACUUUUAGAGGAUGCUACCAAAGAGAGAGCAGUUAUGGAGAAGACCCGUGAUGACUUGCUGUCAUAAGGAGUGAUGCUAAAGAUCCACGCUCUGCAAAUGCCAAUUUCUCACAUGUAUCAGAAUGAGGUAAGAGACUGGUGUCAUUGGAGACAGAAACCCCAUGAAGACACUCCUGCGGAUGCACCUCCUAAUCUCUUACCAGAAGAAUGUGGAUUUUAAUGAACUUAAUAUUAUAAGCUCUUGACACCUUGCCACUUGGUCCCUUGAAUGGAUGUGUGCAAUGUAUAACGACACACUUGCCCACAGAUUCAGCCUUUUUGAGUUGGAUUAAAAUACUUGUUUUAUUUUAGAAUAUAUACGCCAAAAGAAAGAUUCUCCUGGUUUGGGUAAUGUUGAAAGGCAGUGCCCCAGUCCAGCUAAGGCUGUGCACAUUUUCUUCUGUGCUUACAGUGGAUUUCUCUGCAUGCAGAUGGGUGCUGCACACUUGUUUCCUGGACUGGAAAUCCCACUGAGAAGCAAGUCUCAGUAAUGUGAUCAUCAGCUUUUGAGCUUUCUGCUUCCCUAUCCAUUUCCCUGCAUAAAUGACUGAUGCUUUUAAUGAUGAUCUUGCUCCAGUCCUGGAUGAGGCAUUUACCUCUAACAUCACUAGGUGAAUCAAAUGCAAAACAACAGCAACAAAAAAAAGUUACUGAGUGUGCUCAUGAUCUCGCUCAAGACAGAAUGUGACCCAAAUGCUGCUUUUGAAGCAAUGGUUUAGAAUGAUGACCCUGUUCCAGUAUAUGUGCCAAAAUUUCUCUAGAUAGAAAAGAAAGUACACACUGACCUUACGAAUCUGAAUGUUCAUUUAAUGUUGCAACAUGUCUUGCAUUAGCAGAAAUGAGUUCCCAGGGUGCUGGCCCUUUGCUACCAUGCUGAAUUAGCCAGUCAUUAUGCACUCAAACCGAAGUCAACCAAAAUGAGUUUAACAAGAUGUAACCCAGGCAAAUAUUCUCUCCAUGGCUCAAAUCCUUUCUCUCCAUUGUAUAUAAAGAAGGUCCCAUUUAGCCGGGACCAUCUUCUUCUUUUUUCUUUUGUUGUUUCUUGCAAGACAGGAGCAUCUUUCCCAGACCAGUCACAUCUUCAGUGGAAAUGUUUGCAGUAGAAUACCUAGGCAAAGCGGCUGGUUUUUUCGAUUCUGAUACUCCAGUAUACAGAAGAGAAUGAUAGCACUUACUUUAGAUGCUUUGUUAAUAAUAAAAAAAUAAUAUUGUUGCAUCUAAGAUAUAUUCAGAUAAUAGACCCACUGAAAUCAAUGUUCUUGAUUAACUUCAGUGCAUUUAUUCCAAUGGGUCUACUCUGAGUAUGACUUAGCUGAAUACAACACACAAUUCCUCAGUCUCAUAUAUCCAUAUGACAUAUCUCUUCUUGUAUCAUAGCUGUGCCUUCUAUAUCAUAAUUUAUUUUUGUUGCUUGCAUUGCAUAUUAAAAUUACUUGAAUUCUA